CGUGUUGUCGUUUCUAUAGCAACAAACUAGCUGGUAACCUGGGGCAGGCGAGAGCUUGGCUAUGGCAAAUAACGCAGCUAAACAGUGAGGUGAAGUGACGCUUGAGCAAAUCCAACAUGAACACCAUCUUCUCAAGAGACAGACAGAUAAAGAGCAUGGAGCUGACAGUGAGCCAUGCUGAGAAGUACCUGGGUCAGUUCUGCAGCCUGCUGGCCUCUUACACCAGGAAGACAGCCAAGCUGAGGGACCAGGCUGACAUGCUCAAUGACUUCUCGAAUACUGAGGACCCAGAGCUCCGUACCUGUCUGAAGAACCUGGCUGAAGACCUGGCCAUGGUGCAGGACUACCGCCAGGCUGAGGUAGAGAGGCUGGAGACCAAAGUCGUCACUCCCCUCAAAUCCUACGGAGAUAUUGUUGAAAACAAGAGAGCAGAUCUGAAGAGGUUCAAUGCUGAUCGGGACAGAGCGCUGAAAGAGCUGCAGAAACUGGAGAAACUCCAACAGAAGAAUCCCUCUGAUAGACAAAGAAUUUCACAGGCAGAGGUGAAUGCUCAGAAGGCGACCAACGAUGCUCACCGCAGCACCAGACAACUGGAGGAGACAAUCAGUGACUUCCAGAGACAGAAACUGGAGGACAUCAAGAGGAUCUUCACAGACUUCAUCACAGUGGAGAUGGUGUUCCAUGCCAAGGCUCUUGAGGUCUACACACACACCUUCCAGAACCUGGACAGCAUGGACAUAGACAAAGACCUGGAGCUGUUCACUGGGAGGAUCAGGGUGUCUGACGGCCCUCUGGACAACCAGACCCUGCUGCCCUCCUCUAUGGCCCACCAGCCUAGUCCCACCCUGGGCUCCAGCCUCAAACACACUGCUGAAUCAGCCAAGAAGUCCCGUAGCAGCAUCCUGCAGCGCCAGAGGGUUGUAGAGGAGGAGGAGGAUGAAGAGGAGGAGUAUGAGUCAGAGAUAGAGAUAGAGGCUCAGCAGAGCAGGCAAUCCUAUGCCUCUCAAUACACCCAAAUACUCAGACAGAAGAACUGAUAGAUUGGGGUACACACGCAAAUGCACCCACAAAGACACACACACACACACACACACACACACACACACACACACACACACACACACACACACACACACACACACACACACACACACACACACACACACAAACAGAGAGAGAAAGACAGUGCGUCUCUUCACACAAAUGUACACACGCAUUCAGAUAUCCGUAUAGAUCUGCUGACAGAUGAGAAUAUGUAGUCAGUGUCUGUUGUCAGGUAAAGUCAAUGCUCAGGGUAUGUACUGUACUGCAAUAGAUCUGUUGAUGACUGUGCAGACGUGUUCCUAUACAGGGUUUGCAGUAAAUUGUUCUGCAAAUAAUGCUUUGUCAAUGGAGGCAUUUGGCACUUAAGACAGACUGCAAUCAUUUGUAAUCAGCCAUAGCUGAGGUAUAGCUGAAGAGUGAUAAUGUGUUCACAUUUUAUAAUGAAAAACAAAUCAAUGUUCAGUAAUGGUUGUUAUUUCCAUUGUGUUAGAAUGGGAAAGUGAAAAAUACAUUAUAUUCCUAGAUAUAAAUGUAGACAUAUGAAAUAAAUGGAUCCAGUUGCAUUAAACCUGAAUGAGA